CUUCCUGUUUUUUUGUGUGUGUGUUUUUGUAUGUUUGUCACACUUUAAUGUUUCAGAUCAUGAAUCAAAUUUAAAUAUUAACAAAUGAGAAAGAAACUAAUUGAGAUCUAUCAGUCUUGUAAAGGUUAUAAAGCCAUUUCUAAAGCGAGACUCCAGCGAACCACAGUGAGAGCCAUUAUCCACAAAUGGCGAAAACAUGGAACAGUGGUGAACCUUCCCAUGAGUGGCCGACCAACCAAAAUUACCCCAAGAGUAAAUUUUUUAAAGCUUACAGACAUUUCACAAAUUGUCUGGGUACAGGAUUGUUUACAUUUCGACAGAAGGACUGCAACACUUGUAAAACAGCUCACUAGAGUAGAGAAACACAGACAAGAGGAAAGAUGUAAGACAUUGAUAUUAAGAAUCAUGUGAUGUUUUACUACAACAUAUCUGAGGUGAAAUGACCACUAAUGCCAAAGAUGAGUUUCAUUUUCAAAAUCUACAUUAAACCUCAAACCCAAGCUAUUGGAGAAAAAUAUAAAUGAAAAUGUGUGGUACAUUUCUAAUGGAGACAAGGUAAUGAUUUUUUUUACUGAAAUGCAUUUAAUUCAACCUAAAUGUAUUUCAGUAGUGCAUAAUUUUUUUCUUUUUACAAAUUGUCAUUGCUGCAAAGCAGCAACUAUGUUUACUAAACAUCCAGAAGUGGCGCAGUGAGUGACUCUUAAAAUACAUUCAGGUUUCAGGUUACAUCAUGUUCAGCUGUUGCAUAUAGUCACAAUGGCGGAGAGUUUGGAAUUAACACAAUGCCUUUCAACACUGAAAGCGAGACUGAAUAUUGUUCUGCUGGGGAAGAGUUUUUCCGAAAAUAUCAAAGUGACAAACUCUAUUCUGGGGAAAGAUGUGAGCGAAAUUUACUCUGAGUAUUCAAGGAAGCACAGUUUGAAAAGCAGUGAAACAGUGGAGAACAGACACAUCACAGUCAUCAUCUGUCCUCAUCUGCUCCACCCGAAUCUCUCAUACCUUCAAAUCAAACAGAUAGUGAGAAACCAUGUGUAUCUGUCUGAUCAAGAACCUUGUGUGUUCAUACUCGUAUUGCAGCAUCAUGACUUCAGUGAAGAUGACAGCAUGAAAGUGAAGUCUGUGCUGAAUGCAUUCAGUGAUCAUCAGGCGAUAAAUCACACAAUUGUGGUGACUACUGAUGAUGAAACACACAGCUUCAGUACAUCUGUGAGAUUCAAUGCAUGCAUUUAUCAUUUAAUAAAGGAGUGUGGAGGAGGACACCUUCAGUUUAAAGAAAGACAACAUGAUUGGCGCUCCGAGAUUCUGUUUAGAAGAGUUGGUGAGUUACUUAUGGAAGAACGUAAAGAAUAUCCCCAAUGUGAGACAUCAGGAACAUCUGCUUAUCAAGCGCUAUGCAUACACGAAAAUUCAGAGGGAUCACAGAAGGAGGAUUUGCAUCAAGAUGAUGGAAAACAUACAGAGAGCGAUAAAAAGACGAGAGAUGAAAGAAACAUUCUUACUCAUUCAACACUAACAAAGCUGAAUUUGGUGUUGUGUGGAAAUGAUGGUAUGCUAAAGGCGACUGUGUCAAAUAUUCUACGAGGAAAAAUGGAAAACCCUUUCCAUCAGAGAUACUUCAGUACACUGUGUGUGAAGAAAGAAGAGAAGAUACAUGGAUAUCAGAUCAAUGUCGUGGAGCUUCCAGCUCUGACUCAACUCUCAGUUGAAGAAAGGAGGUGUCAAUCUCUCAGCUGUGUGUCUCUGUGUGAUCCUGGAGUUCAUGUGUUUCUCAUCAUUGUUCCUGACGGUCCACUGAAAGAUGAAGACAACGAAGAAAUCGAGAUGAUCCAGAAAACAUUUUACUCCAGAGAGCAUCUCAUGAUGAUUUUCACGACUGAUGUUGCUGCUGACAGAAAUGUGACUGAAUGUCGGAGAUUGAUCAGUACUUAUGGAGGACGAUACAAAGUGCUGGGUUUGAAAGAACCGGAGAAAUUUAACCUAAAAUCAGCAGAACUGUUGAAAUAUAUAAAAGACAUGAAGACUGAACCAUAUUCACUUCAGAUGUAUGUCAAAGCUCAAGAGAACCGAGUGAGCCAUGAAACAGAGAAGGAAUUUAAAGAACAAAUGAUGACGAUGAAAAAAAAGAUCAAACUGUUGGAGGAGAAGAUGCAAGAUCUGGAGUGUCUGAGAAUCACGCUGAUCGGGAGAACUGGAAAUGGAAAGAGCGCGACAGGAAACACAAUACUGGGAGUAAACCGGUUUCUGAGCAAAUUAAGCUCGGAUUCAGUGACGGCUGUUUGUGAGAAAGGAGUUUGUAAAGUUGAUGGUCGUUCAAUAGCUGUUGUUGAUACUCCAGGUCUUUUUGACACAGAAAUGCCAAACGAACAAGUGAUUGAUGAAAUCGUGAAAUGUGUCUCAAUGACAGCACCUGGACCUCACGCCUUCAUCAUUGUGUUGAGUCUGGUAAGAUUCACUCGGGAGGAGUCGGCCACUGUAGAUCUGAUCAAGAUGAUCUUUGGUCCUAAAGUUUCACAGUUCAGUAUCCUUCUCUUCACUAGAGGAGAUGAACUUGAGGAAUCUAUAGAAGAUUAUGUGAUGAGCAGUAAAUCUCCUGAAUUUAAGAAACUGAUCAAAGAUUGUGGAAACAGAUUCCUAGUUUUUAAUAACCGAGAAAGACAUGACAGAAGUCAAGUUUCUCGACUGUUAAACAUGAUAGAAGAGGUGAAAAGAAUGAAUCAGGGGCAAUAUUUUUCUAACAGCAUGUUUGAGGAGGCCGAGAUGAGGAUUAAUAAGAAAACGGAGACAAUAAUGCAAGAGAAAGCGGAAGAAAUUCAGUCUCAAAUAGACGAAUUAAAAGCCAAAUAUGAGACUGAAAUAAAAAACAUGGAGGAGAGACUGAAGGAGGAGGAAAGAAGAGGACCAGAAGCACAAGAGAUCAGAAGAAAUGAAACUCUGAAGAGAGAAAAAGAACAAAAGCGAAAAGCAAUGGAGGAGGUAUUUCAAAAGAGAAUCAAAGAAAUAAUCAAGAAACAUGAAGAUGAAGCCAGAAAACAAGCAGAAGAAUCGAAUGAGUUCAGUAAGAUUCAUGUUCAAGAGCUCAGAACAGUGCUGGAAAAACACCAAAAACAACAAGAAAGACAAAAUAAAUUCUUUCACCGCUUUAAAACAGAAAGUGAAGAGAGAAAAAAUAAAAGAUGUGUCAUUCUGUGAAAGACACAAUUAUGCUAAUUAUUUAAGUAAACAUCAUUGCAUGAUAUUUUACACAGUCCUGAAUAUAAAUGUUUGAUAAAAGGUAUCCUAGCAGGUUUAGUAAAUUUGUUAAUAAUCCCAUUGAUUUUGGAAAAGGAAUCAGUGUUUACCUUAAGCUUGGAUGGCAUUGACUGUUUGGAUCGGAAAUGUACGGAGCCCAUCAGAGGACAUGGUGGUGGACAAUAUUUGUAAAAAAAAUUAACAGCUUUUGGGUUCCCCCGAGAAACUUUUUGCAUUCCCUCGCAAAACUUUUGCGUUCCCCCGAGAAACUUUACGUUCUCUUGCAAAACUUUUGGGUUCCCCUAAGAAACCUUUUGCGUUCCUCUGAGAAACUUUGUGCGUUCCCCCGAGAAACUUUUUGCAUUCGCUCACAAAAAGAGCCUACGUUUUAGCAAGGAACCACAGCGCUUCACAUGGUCACCUGAGGCAGUUCAUUAGGCAUUGGCAUCAUUGAUGCCAGCUGUUUACAUGAUAUAUAACUACUGUUAUUAAAGAAUUAUAUUGUAUUUCUUUGUAUUUAAGUCCAAGUUCAAAAUAAACAGUGGCAUGUAACUAAGACUACUCUUGCAUAGCCUUAGUUCACUCCAAAAUGGUCUAGUAUUGUCAAUUAACUUAUGCUACUUGACUUCUCAGCAUUAAGAUCAUUAUAAAAAAUAAUAUUAAUAUUUCAAAUUUAGAAGUGGAUAUAGGCUACCCCAUGCCAUCUAAUAAAGAAGUGGGUACUCUGUAUAGCUGCGUGUAUCCAGCACUACACCAUAUGGCACCAUGUGUCCGCUGUUAGAUAUAUAACUACUGUUAUUAAAUAAUGAUAUUGUUUUUCUUUGUAUUUAAGUUCAAGUUCAAAAUAACACUCUAUAAACUGCUCCAUUGUGAAACAGGUCAUGUUUUUAGUUCAGACAAACACUUUAUCUCCUGUCAGCAAUGGUUCAGACAGCUCAAUGCAUUCACAAUGGAGCGGUUUAGAGAUUUUUUUUACUUGGACUUAAAUACAAAGAAAUAUGGUAUAAUUCUUUAAUAACAGUAGUUAUAUAUCAUAUCUACAAACAGCUGGCAUCAAUCAUGCCAUUGCCUAAUGAACUGCCUCAGGUGACGCUGUGAAGCGCUGUGGUUUCUUGCGAAAACUUUGGCUGCGUCCGAAACCGCAUACUGUAUAGUAGGUACUGUAUAGUAUGAAUCCUGGUAGUAUGAAUGAGAUUCGGACGUACUACAUCCGCCAUGUUGUUACAUCACGUGACAUACGUCGUCAUCACGUCCUGUCAUUUCAGCGCGAAAACAGCCGCGUGCCUCUUCUUCUUCGUUGGAUAACUCCUCGUCCGGGGCAUCAUGGGAUAGUGAAGCGUCCAUCGUAUGCACACUGCAAAAUCUAACCGGAAGUAGUAGGUCAUCCGGGUACUUUUCGCAUACUGUUUUUCGAAUACUAUGUAUUCGGACAUACUACUCGCCUCGCCUACUGCUUUUCGCGUACUAUAUAGUAUGUAGUAGGCGGUUUCGGACGCAGCAUCAGGCUCUUUUUGCGAAAAAAAAAGUUUCUCAGGGGAACGCAAAAAGCUUCUUGGGGGAAUGCAAAAGCUGUUACAUUUAUUUCCCUCUCAUCCCAAAUAUUGUCCACCACCAUGUCCUCUGACGGGCUCCGUAGAAAUGUAACAAUAAAUACAGUGUAAAAGUUUAAGUUUAAUCAACUUGGAUUUACAAUUCAUUUAAUCUUUUUUGACUAGUGAGGAGUUGCUUUAAAUGAUAAAAAUAAAGCUACAUUGACUUAAGUUAUUAAAAAUUUGUUUUUUAUUUUAUUUAUAGUGCAACAAGGAAUUUUUACAAUGUAUACAGUCUUCAUAGUUGAAAAAGAAAAUUACUCCAAGAGGUAAAUUAUAAUGGGGUUCCUUUGUUUCAAAUGUAAAUUGGAGAAAAGCCUGGCUUUUGCCAAGUAAUUUGGUCACGACACCCAAUAGCGCUUUACAUUCUUAUCUACAUAUUACACGUA